UUAUGGCAAUGGGCGGAUGGAUUUGGAUGGACGGCUGGAAAGAGGGUGCUACAAGACGAUUGGGCCAAUGAUCAAGAAGUCCUCCCUUUUCCCUUUGUUGUAAUCGUCCUUCGGGCUUCACCACGACAGCUAUGAGCGCCACUCAACAGACCAAGACGAACCCCAUGAAGUCGCUUCACAUCGAGAAGCUCGUUCUCAACAUUUGCGUUGGUGAAUCUGGUGAUCGUUUGACCCGUGCUGCCAAGGUGUUGGAACAAUUGACCGGUCAGACCCCCGUGUACUCCAAGGCUCGCUACACCGUCCGUACCUUUGGCAUUCGCCGUAACGAAAAGAUUUCCGUUCACGUUACCGUCCGUGGUCCUAAGGCCGAGGAAAUCUUGGAACGUGGUUUGAAGGUCAAGGAAUACGAACUUCGUGCCCGCAACUUUUCCGAGACCGGUAACUUUGGCUUCGGUAUUGACGAACACAUUGAUCUUGGUAUCAAGUACGAUCCUUCCAUUGGUAUCUAUGGUAUGGACUACUACAUCGUCAUGGGCCGCCCUGGUAACCGUGUCGCUCGCCGCAAGCACACCAAGUCCAGAGUUGGCUUUGCUCACCGUAUCAAGAAGGAAGAAUCCGUCGAAUGGUUCAAGUCUCGCUUCGAUGGUAUCGUCGUGAACAAAUAAGCUUGUUCUCUUUGGAUCUGUGCAUCAAUAAUAAUAAUAAUAAAAGCGAAUGCUUUUUACCAAGCUGUCAUUUGUUUGUGUAUUCAAAAAAAGCAUCGAUUGGGAUGUAUUCUAAGGGAAGGGGUUGAAAUUGGGAUAUCGUGUAGCCUUGAUAGACAUAUAUGCAGCUUAUGAGUGCUCCACUGAAU